CUUGCAAUGUUAGUUUUGUGAGUGCAAAAGCCAAAAAAACAGUCUACUCCAGAUCUCAUUCCUUUUCCUACACCUUGUAAAAUUCUGAUACAAACCAAACACAUCACCAUAUUUAAAAUUCAUCCUUACCUCUCUUCUCCUUCCAUCUUUCUCUCUCUUCCCCAUCAAUCACCAAACUCCAUCAAAUCUCGAAGCUUUCAACAAUGGCGGUACCUUCCGAAGAAUCCCCCGAACACCGUCCCACGGCAUUAGAACCUGCAACAGAUCCGCAGGAGAAUGGCGCCAUUGAGCAAUCAAACGACACCAUUGAGCAAUCAAACGACGCCGUUGAAGCCAUACUUGAGCCUGUUGCUUCCGACAAGGAUCCGAAACACGAGGUGCCCGAACCCGAGUCUCUUCCUUCCGGAUCAAACGACGAAUCAUCGGGUCAACCCGAAUUGAAGAAGGAUGAAGGUAGUCGAACCUUCACGAUGAGAGAAUUGUUGAGUGGUUUGAAGGGAGAUCAAGGAACCUCUAACAAUUCUACUCCUGUUGCUGCUGAUUCUGCCUCUCCUCUUAGCGAAGAUAGUUCGUACCAGAACCAUGCCGCUAUGGAACUUAUCAAUAAUGUAACGGGUGUUGAUGAGGAAGGUCGAUCUCGCCAAAAGAUUCUUACUUAUGCUGCCAGGAGGUAUGCUAGUGCGAUAGAGAAAAAUUCAGGAGAUUAUGAUGCCCUUUACAACUGGGCUUUGGUACUUCAGGAAAGUGCAGAUAAUGUUGAUCCUGAUUCUGCCUCACCUUCUAAAGACGCAUUGCUCGAGGAGGCUUGCAAAAAGUACGAGGAAGCUACUCGUCUUUGUCCCACCCUUCAUGAUGCAUACUAUAAUUGGGCCAUUGCUAUCUCUGAUCGAGCAAGAAUGCGUGGUCGUACAAAGGAGGCUGAAGACUUGUGGAAGCAGGCCACAGAGUACUAUGGAAAAGCUGUCCAGUUGAAUUGGAAUAGUCCCCAGGCACUUAACAACUGGGGACUAGCAUUGCAGGAGCUCAGUGCAAUAGUUCCUGCUAAGGAAAAACAUAAUAUUGUUAAGACAGCAAUUAGUAAGUUCCGGGCAGCAAUUCAAUUGCAGUUUGACUUUCAUAGGGCUAUUUACAACCUUGGCACUGUUUUGUAUGGUUUAGCCGAGGACUUGCUAAGAAUAGGAGGAUCAGCCAGCCAUAACGAUGUUUCACCUAAUGAUUUGUAUAGUCAGUGUGCCGUCUAUAUUGCAGCUGCUCAUGCAUUGAAGCCAAAUUACUCGGUUUACCGCAGUGCACUGAGGCUUGUUCGUUCUAUGCUUCCUUUGCCCUAUCUUAAAGUGGGAUAUCUGACAGCACCUCCACCAGGCAAUCCAAUUGCCCCCCACAGUGAUUGGAAGCGGACUCAAUUUGUCCUUAACCAUGAGGGCCUUUAUCAGCUUGUACCUGAACCGAAGACGUCACGACAAAGUCUUUCUGGCAAGCCUGUAGAUGCAGCAAAUUCUAAAAAUAAAGCUGUCAAAGUUGACAUUCCUGAUAUCGUUUCAGUGUCAGCAUGUGCUGAUCUUACUUUGCCACCCGGAGCUGGACUCUCUAUUGACACCGUACAUGGACCGGUUUACUUGGUAGCUGACUCAUGGGAAUCUUUGGAUGGUUGGCUGGAUGCAAUUCGUUUAGUAUACACAAUUUUUGCUCGAGGUAAGAGUGAUGUUUUGGCUGGUGUAAUCACUGGAUGAUUAAUUUAUGUUAAAUGUAUCAAUUGUAUUAUCAGGAUGCUUUAUUUUCCCCUUUAUUGGGUUGUGUAGCAUAGCUUUAUUUGAUCACAAAAUUAAUGUAUAUUAUGAUGAAUUUCCGGAGGAAAUCAAUUUUACUUGUGUAGCAAUUGGCACUUAGAAUUUCGCCAAAUAUAUGUCUCUCGUGUAGCCUGUGAAGGCAGAAUUUUCAUUUGAUUUUCUAGUUUAUAAAGGAAUAAUUUUUGGUGCUCA